AUGAUUAAAAUUCCGAAAUCGCUGGUUUUAUUCGGAACCUCAGACCCGCCGACUUCGAAUGGUAUUGAAAUAACCGCUAACGAGGAAGUCACUGUCUACGUCAUGAACGAUGUAGCAUUCGAUUCCGUUGACGGUUACCUAGCGCUUCCGGUUCAUGUCUUGGGCACUGAGUAUUACGUCGUGUCCUCGUCCAUAUCGACGAUUAUAGCCGAACAAUAUCGAUACUCGGAAUUCGUUGUCUUAGGGUCUCAUGACAAUACCACGGUGACAGUAAACGUAACGGGUGAUGUAAGUUUUAAUGGCAAGUUGUACAACAAGGGCGACGUCGUGACAUUCUCACUUCAAACCAGAGAAACCGCUCAAUUUCAAAGCGGAAAUUUUGAUUUAACCGGAACGCACGUUACUGCAGACAAGCCAUUUGGUCUAAUAUCAGGGUCAAAAUGUACCAAUAUCCCGACAGCCUCGCAGUUUUGUGACCACCUCGUGGAACAGAUCCCACCAGUGUCAGCAUGGGGUACGACUUUUGUAACCACACCGUUACUUGGUCGUUUUGCCGGCGACGUCUUCCGUAUAGUUGCGUCCCGGUCAAACACUUUCUUCAACAUCUCCGGUAACUACGGCAAUCACACGCUCGAUGCUGGUGAUUUUUUAGAGAUCGAUGUGCCAUCAACAGACAGUCUGUUAAUAUCCUCCGAUCGGCCUUUGUUAGUGAUGCAAUACAGUAAAGGAGGAGAGGUGGACAAUACCAAAUCGGACCCUUUUAUGGUACUCGUUGUCCCAUUCCAGCAGUAUUCGGGGUCGGUAACUUUCGCAACUCUUAACUACACGGGCGGGGAAAGUGGCAAGGAUAAAAUAACCUUAGAUAACCACUUGAACGUCAAUAUUAAAUGCGAUGACAUCACCGCACUUAACCACAACCACCAAUCAAUUCUUCGCAAUCAGCUAACAUGGCGACUUAACGUGGGUGGUUCCGAUUAUUGCUCGGCCCAGUUAGACAUCGCACAUGGUCUACAUACUAUAAGCCACACAGACAAUAAAGUCAAGUACUCCGUCGUUCUGCAUGGCUGGGGCAGCACAGUAUCCUACGGUUUCCCCGUUGGUAUGCAAGUAGCGACGCUUUGGUGUAAGCGACUGACGGACGACGGCGACACAGAAGAGUAUUACUGCGGGCCCAUUGAAGAGGAUGAUUGGUUGGAUACGCGUCUUCUUCUCGGCAUAUGUAUAAUCGUUCUCAUUAUCGUUAUUCUUAUAGCUAUUAUCCUAAUCAUAGGUCUGUCUAUAUACAUACACGCGUUAAAGAAACGGAAUGAAACGUUACACAAAAAACACAAAAAUGCAGAAGCAGAGAAAGCUGUCUCUAUAUAA